CUUCUCCUACAUCCCCUCCCCGUCUCCCUCACCCCUCCUUCCCCUACAUACCCUCCCCGUCUCCAUCACCCCUCCUUCCCUUACAUCCCUCCCGGAAGGUCGGAAGUGAUAACGAGAUGCUGCUGGUACCGCCGAGGGACUGAAAAAGUACAGAGGACUUGCUUCGCCAAUUGGGGAUGAGCCCGAUCGCGGUUGGUCCACCGGCGGACGCCGUCCAACGUGUAGGCCGGUCGCCGCCGUCUGAUUGACAGGCAUCCUCACCAAUCACAAUCACGCCUGCGCCCGGCCGACGAUUGAUGGGUGGAGCCUGGAUGAGAGCGGCGCAUGCGCGCUAAUCCAGGACUGAGGGCCGACUUGAUUGGAGCGGGUGUUCGGCCGGCAUCGGGAUCAGACCCCACAUGGCUCUCGUAUCCGCAGACACACGGAUUUCCGAACUCCUGACCGACCUCCACCAGCUCAUCAGACAGACGCAGGAGGAGAGGUCCCGCAGUGAACACAACCUCGUGAACAUUCAGAAAACCCACGAGCGGAUGCAAACGGAACAAAAGAUAUCCCCGUACUACCGUACCAAGCUCAGGGGUCUCUACACAACAGCCAAAGCCGAUGGAGAAGCAGAGUGCAACAUCCUACGGAAGGCGCUGGACAAAAUCGCAGAGAUCAAGUCAAUCCUGGAGGAACGGCGGAUUGCGGCAAGGAAUGCGGGUCUGUACAAUGAAGCAGAGCCCCCUCGGAAGACAAUGAGACGGGGUGUGCUGAUGACUCUUCUCCAGCAGUCAGCGAUGACCCUCCCCCUCUGGAUCGGCCGGCCCGGAGACAAACCUCCCCCGCUGUGCGGGGCGAUCCCUGCGUCGGGGGAUUACGUGGUGAAGCCGGGCGAUAAGGUGGCAGCGAGAGUGAAGGGUCUGGACGCCGAUGAGCAGUGGAUCCUGGCCGAGGCCGUCAGCUAUAACCACAGCACCAACAAGUAUGAGGUUGAUGACAUUGAUGAGGAAGGCAAAGACCGCCACACGCUGAGCCGAAGGCGGAUAAUCCCACUGCCGCAGUGGAAGGCGAACCCGGAGACGGACCCAGAAGCCCUCUUCCAGAAGGACCAGUUAGUCCUUGCUCUCUAUCCACAGACCACCUGCUUCUAUCGAGCUCUCAUCCACGCUCCUCCCCAGCGGCCCCAGGACGAUUACUCAGUCCUCUUUGAGGACACCUCCUAUGCCGAUGGAUACUCCCCUCCACUCAACGUGGCCCAGCGUUAUGUUGUGGCUUGCAAAGAGACCAAGAAAAAGUGAUGGACCUUUAGGCCUUACUGGAAAAGUGUUGACUGGACGGGGGGGAAUUGUUGGUGAGGCGCGUGUUCACAUCCACUCGUUCGAAUAAAUGCAUUUGGAAAUUA